UUACAGUUGGUGAGAGAAAAAAAAUCAGGUUUCCGUCUAUAUUUUCUUUUUGUGGUAAUCUAGAAUUUAAAAUUACAGCUAUACAAUAAUAUUUGAUAAUUUGUAUGGGAUUUGUUGAGCAAAAAUAAAUAAAUAAAAAAUCGUUAAAGUUUAAUUUGGACUCAACGCGAGUAUCCAAAUAUCAAUAGGUCAAUCAAUGAAUACGACCAAAAAAGCAAAAGAAGGAAUUCAAUCAUAAUGUUUUCGAAUUUCCUCGAAAGCUUAUACGAUGGCAUCGGAGACGAUGAAGCCAACGACGACGACGACGACGAGAACAUCCCGAAAACUCCAACGGAGAGACACGUCCCUGAGAGAAACACCGAUCGUUUGCCUCCGAUGUCACCGGAAGAGGAGGAGGCUCAAGCGCGCGGCGUGAAAGAUGACCUGUCGGAACUCAGCCAUACCCUCUCGCGUAAAUUUCGUGGCGUCGCUAACUUUCUCGCUCCGUUACCUGAGAGAUCUUCCUCCGAUCUAUCGAAUCCCAGAUUGAGCCAAUCUCGUUCUUCAGAUCCCGAAUUGAAUCGAUCGUCGUCUUCCGAUCCCAGGCUGAAUCGCUCGUCGUCUUCUGAUAACAGGCUGAAUCAAUCGUCUUCCGAUCCGAGGCUGAAUCAAUCGUCGUCUUUCGAUCCCAGGCUAAAUCAAUCUUCGUCUUCAGAUCGGCUUGAAUCGUGUGUUGGAAUUGAUACGCGAGAGACCGAGAUUAGAGAUAAGAGCUGGAAUUCGGAUACUCUAGAAGAUAAAAGGUUAGAAGAUUUACACAAUGAUCUGGAGGAGGAGGAGGAAGAAGAAGAAGAAGAGGAAACAGAUGAAGAAGACGAAGAAGAAGAGGAAGAAGAAGAAGAGAUGGAUGCAGCUGCUCUCACGGACGAAGUGUUAGCAUUUGCGAGGAACAUAGCAAUGCAUCCAGAAACGUGGUUAGACUUUCCUCUCGACCCCGAAGAAGACCUUGAUGAUUUGGAAAUGUCUGAUGCACAAAGAGGUCAUGCUUUAGCUAUAGAACGUCUUGCUCCGAGGUUAGCUGCUUUAAGAAUAGAGCUUUGUCCAUGCCAUAUGACUGUUGGUUACUUUUGGAAAGUGUAUUUCGUUCUUCUCCUCUCAAGGCUUAAUAAACACGAUGCUCAGCUUUUGUCUUCGCCACAGGUAAUGGAAGCAAGAGCAUUGUGGAUGAAAGAGCUUCAGAGUCAAAACAGUUCCACGAAAACAGAUUAUGGAGAUAUUCUUAAAGAGGAGAUUACACCAUCAACUUCAAGUUACUACAACCAUGCUCCUCCUGAGUUUCUGUCUCCAAGAAUAUACGCCUUUGAACCUCCUUCAAUCAUGUAUCGUGAUUUCGAAACGGCAGAUCGUGGUUCUGGUUCUGAAAAUGCAGAGUUCAUUGAUAAAGCUGUUAUCGAGGAAAAACCAAUCCAGAAGAACAACGAAAAGAGUGAAAGCCUAAGCGUGACACUCAACGAAGAUGAUGACGAUGAUGAUUGGCCAGAAGAGGAAGAUGAUGCUCAUGAUUGGGCUCCAAUGUUCACAGGGAAUGAGGAUGAUGUUUCUUUCAGUGAUCUCGAAGGUGACGAUGAUAUAAGUAGCUUAGCACUCAAGUCUAAGAAUACCUCAAAGAGCACAGACCAAAAAGGAACAUGAUACCAUCAUCUCGGUCUUGUUGCUUUGCUCUACCUCGAGGUUGAAUCAAUGGAACUGAACAUAGAAGGAUUAGUACCGAGUCAAAGCGUGAGUUUUUGGGUGAGUUUGAUUAUUUGUCAAAUGCAAAAAAAAAAAGGUUUUGAAACAUGUACAGAAGAUUUCUUGGGUCACCACUUGAAUUGCAUUGUAUUGUUUUCUUCCCUCUUCACCAAUGUAAUGAAAUAUUGGAAAACAUGUGAUAAAAAAAAUGUGAAACGUGUUUAAUAUCUG